CCCGCCCGGACCGCACCCCCAGCGUCCCCGCCCCCGGCCGCGCCCCCGCACGAGGCCUGCUCGGCGGUCCGGGGGGCGGCGGGAGCGUCAUGGGCAGCGGCAGCAGCCGGAGCGGCCGGACCCUGAGGCGGCGGCGCAGUCCUGAGAGCCUCCCUGGGGGGCCCGGCGCGGCAGUCCCCGAGGGCGGGACUGGCCGGCGGGUGCCAGCGGCGGCUGAGGCCCCGGGGGCAGCCGCGGAGGAAGCGCCCGGCCGCGACCCCAGCCCCGAGGCGCCCCCCGACGGCAGGGACGAGACGCUGCGCCUGCUGGACCAGCUGCUGGCGGAGUCUGCGGCCUGGGUAGCCCCGGAGCCCGCCCCGCGCCGCCCAGCCCGGCCCCGACCCGCCGCGGGCGAGGGGAGCUUGGUGGCUGCAGAGCAGAGCACAGAGGAGCAUGUGGGGAAGAGCAGCACCUGUGAAGUCCCAGACAGCAGUUGCAAGAGGCCAGCCACCAUCUCCUAUGACCACGCGGAAGAGGGGCUGAUGGCGAGCAUUGAGCGGGAGUACUGCCGCUGAGGACAGCGCGCCCCGGCGCCCCGCCAGGCCUUGGAGGCACCUGCUGGCUGGGUCUCCCCCCGCUGGCCCAGAGCUCUAGCAGGAGCUGAGCCACCUCCAAAACACAGUCACCCCCGGAUAUUUCAGAGCUGACCUUUCAAAUUCACUUUCAGACAGUGCUGCCCUGGGCCAGCUGCUGGCAGUCAAGGUUGCUGGGGGGGCGGCGAUCAGCUGUGCGACCGGGUCAGGAGGCAGGCUGUGCUGACCCACAGGUGUGUGGGCCGGGCCGCCGGCGCCUCCUCCCCACCGCAGGGAGCCUGCCAGUUUCUUCUGGAGCCUGAAGUGUGUGCCCCUCUUGGUUGCCCGCUCUCCACAGUGGGGAGGGCUCACAAGGCCUGAAUGAGACAAGCGAGCCCGUCUUGGCAUCCGUGCCACAGCAUUUCUGGAAGGUUCUGCUGUGGAAGGUGCACCUGUGCUGCUCCCUCAAGCCUCAGGCCCAUCUCUCCAGGUGAGGCCAAGUCAGCUUAGUGCCUCUUAACUCCCCAAGGAGCAGCCAGGGGGUGCCGCUGGGCCGGGCAGCACCUGAGGUUCUGUGUGUGUGUCUAACCAGCUCCCAGCCCAGGCCCAAGCUCCGAAGCCCCCCCAACCCCCGCCACACUUUGAGGAGCGAGGGCCCCAGCUCUGAUCCUAGCCCUUGACGGACUUGCAGUGGGAAGUAGGGUUCAUCACUGCCUCUCUGGGCCCCAGUUUCCCUCUCUGGAAAAUCAGCUCUGGCAGCUCUGGGAGGCCAUCCCCAGCUCUGACAACCUGGAACUGCGCCAGUCCAGGCGGCCACGGCGGUUCCCCCGCCCUAGGUACAGCACUGCCUUCCCUGUGGGGAGCCAGCGCCCGGGUCCCACGGGGUGGAGGGGGGAGGGUCUGCCUGCCACUGGCUUUCCAGUUCUCCCUUUCACAGGCAGCCUGGCCAGUGCCUUUGGGGCUUUUAAAUUCUCUUCCCGCCUGGGUGGAAGGUGGGAAACCACAGCAAUGAAGCAGAAAGAGCCUUGGAAUGUUCCUAGUUGCAAAUGGGAAAAGUGACCUGCCCAGGACGCCCUUGGAACAUGGGCAGAGCUCCAGCUGGAGGGGACGCCCGUGUGGGCCCAGGUGCAGGGACAACUCCGAGGGAGAACUUCGGGGAGAAUAGCAGUCCAGGGAGGCGGGAGGCCGGCGCAGGCUCCUCCCCAGCAGCCUGAGGGCAUCGGGACAGAGGGGGAAGGAGGGAACAGCGGCAGCUUCUACUGAAGCCAGUACAAGCCAGGUUAUCUGGCUCGACCAGCCAGCACGGUGGCCCUCCUCACCCCCGGGCAUCCUUGGUUUCCUGAGAAGAGCUCCAGCCCUCAAGUCCUGCGAACACGGCAGAGCAGGAGCGUCUCGGGAACCAACAGCCAGCUCCUUGGUACUGUCCCCAGACCCACAGGCCUGCUGUGGCCAUCAGCAAACAGGCAUUUCCUUGACCUUUUAAUUGAGAGUGCCUUUGUCCAGCUGUUCACAGCUAGGAAACUCCAAAGUUGGAGCUUGGAGCUUGCCCCCUCAAGGGCAUGGCUCAAACCCCCGCCAGAGCCGGGCGCCACUGCUCAUCCAAACCCAACUGUUUCUUUUGAUAUAAAGAUGGAAGUCAUUACUAUAUUUUAAUAAUAAUGCAAAUACGUCUUUUAAAAUAAGUUAACAUUUUAUUUCGUACCACCAAAUGGAUCAGGCUUUGAAUUUAAUCAUGUAAAUGUUUAUGAUUUUAUUCAUUUGGUUAAAAAGGAAUGAUUUCAAUCGGUUUCCAAGAAAAAGAUGAUACCUCGGCAUUUUCUGGUGGAAAACGCGUAAUACCCUCAAUGAGAUCAAAGUGUUAGAGGAAAAAAUAAUUCAAAAAUCGUCACAAGCUACGUCGAUGUCAAAGUAAAUGCACUUUAUCAGCGCUAAGAAGUCACAGGAAUUGUUCUCAGGUCUUUUAAAAAGUUUUUCCUGAAUUCAGGAAAAGUGUCUUCUGAACAGCAGCUAGCCAGAUAAAGCGGUGUGUGUACUGCAGCUGCAGGUGAAAUAAACAUUUAAAAAAAGAGCAAAUAAAAUGAUGUGUGCCA